AUGUUAUCUACAUCUGCAUCAUCGGUUUCAUAUCGACAAAAAGGAAAGUUGCCUUCUGCUAAUAGCAAACUUUAUAAAGGAUUUGUUCAUGAUGCCACUAGCAAAUUGUCUGUAGGAUCAAUACCUGCGAAAUUGGAACUCAUAAUAUAUAGAGAUCAAAGCACAAAAGCAUUUGGAUCCAGUGAACCAAGAUUUAAAUAAUAAUUACCUGAUAAUCCAGGCCCUCAAGAAUAUGAUUGUGGUUUAUAUUAGGUCGGUAAAGUUCAAUCAGAAUCCAUUUCUAAUAAAGGCACUGGAGGAUUAGCUUGUUCUUAAGAAAGAAAUGUAUUUGCCCCUAAAUAUGUGAAUUCAGGACCUGGACCUGGAUAAUAUAAUUCAAAUAAUAGCUUUAAUUCUUCAUAAUCAACUAAUAACCCUUCAUUUUUUAUGAGAUAAUAAUAAUAAAAGAGCGUUGAAAAGGUUGAAGUAAUCAACCCUGGACCAGGAGAGUAUUAUUAAAUUAAUAAAUUAGAUAUGAUAUGCCACAACCAAAAAAGUCAAAUGUAGUUAAAUAUGUGUUCUCUUCAAAGACUUUAAGAGGUCAAUUCCAGAAUAAGCCAGAUAAUCCUCCUCCUGGUUAAUAUGAAGUGUAGAAUUAAUUAUCAAAACCUGAGCAUAAAGGACCUACAUCAAGUAUAAUUUGUAGUUAAUUAGGCUUUUAUCCUGAUGGAGCUUAAUUAAGAGAGAUAACACCAUAAUAAUAAAUUGUAGCUAUGAUGUUGAAUGAUAAAGAUAAAUAAAAUGAUAGAAUAUUGCCAGGACCAGGUGAUUAUGAAGUUAAGUUUCCAGUUUUUGAUCCAGAUUAUAUAGUGAAGAAAGAAUUGUCAUCUUUUGCAAUUCAACCUGGAAAAGAUCGCUUUGGAAAAUAAGAAAGAGAAUAAGAACCAGAAAAAAUAGGGCCAGGUAAUUAUAAUUAUAAUAAAUUUAAAAGGAUCUUAUUAACUGCCUAGCAAAUUUGAUGAAAUAGCAAAAGAUAAAUUACUAGUAUCAGGUAAUGUAUUUAUGUCGGAGAGUUUGAGAUAACCAUAUGGUGAUUUUGAAAAGAAACUAGGACCUAAUCCUAAAAGUCCUUAUAUAUUGCCAAAAAAAAAGAAUUUUCACUUUAAUCUAUAAAGAAAGUGGGUGUGAC